AUUAAUUCAUCAUUCGAAUCAAUGGGGCAAGGAGCGUUGUGUUGGACAUCAUAAACUUAGAGAUUUUUCAGUUCGGGAGAAUUUCAGUUGCACACACAAAAAUUUUUAUUAUGUAGAACCUCUUCUAAUAAUUUUAAUAGUGGCUAUGAACUCACGACGUCUAAUCCAAUGGUUAAGCAUGCGAGUUUUGGAUUUAAUCUUACCGACUAAAUACCACCGGCUGUGGCGUAUAUGUAAAUUCCUGAUCGGAGAUAUUAUAUUAGCCAUGCUGGUCUUCUGUAUUGUUGUGAUGUACAACAAUCGAAACAAUUUAUCCAUUUGUUUGCUAAUAUAUCUGUUUGUUGUGUAUUAUUUAAUUUUUGGUUUAAAAAUUGGACCAUUUUUGCGUUUCAUUUGUGAGAUAAGAGGAGCUUUUUUCAAUGCGUUACCAUCGCAUUGCUGCGCUGUUCAAGCGCAAGCUAUACGUGAUGAAAUUGAACUACUACGCAAUGAUUUCAAUAAUCGCUUGAAACAAAUAAUUUUCACUUCAGUAUUCAAUGCUUAUUAUGCAGGAUUUUUGCCUUGUUUCUUUGCCACGGCCAUUCAUUACAAUGUGUGGUGCUGUAUGCAACAUAUAAUAUUGAUAUAAUGAUUACUGG